GAGAGAGAGAGCAGUCAUGGAAAUCCUUCAUUACCCCCACCCGCUCCAUUAACCCCCUCUCAUUCCGCCUUCUCACACUGAUAGUGAACUGAACCAGCAGAAGCACAUCACACAGGGCCCGUGAUUACGGCCUCAGGUCUAGGGAUGGCAAGAGAAGGCUGAGCGAGAUCAGAGAGGUGUGUAUUCAGACAAAAACCGGCAAAAUGGUGGCAGAAGAAGUUGUGGUCACCCUCUCAGGUGGAGCUCCUUGGGGGUUUCGACUUCAAGGAGGAACCGAGCAGAAGCAACCUCUCCAAGUGUCGAAGGUGAGGAAGCGCAGCAAGGCCUGCCGGGCAGGUCUACGUGAAGCCGAUGAAUUGGUGUCGAUUAACGAUGUGUUUUGUGGUGAGCUGUCUCACGCUGAGGCCAUGAAUCUGAUCGAUAGUGGCCGGGGAUCCCUUCAUUUACGGAUUAAAAGGGCCCCUGUGGGUUUUCCCUCAGUAGUCCUACUGGAUCGAGCCCCUUCUCCUCGCAUCGAUAAAGAAUACCGCGCAGCACUGCGAGCUUUCUCUCCUCCAGUGUCCUCGAAAGUGUCAUCUGUCCAUAGAGGAUCAUUAAUGUCACCCACCAAUGGCCCAGAACGGCUGAGAUCCCCUCCUGAUAGUGAAGCGUAUUAUGGUGAGACAGACAGUGAUGCAGAUGUUGCAACUCAGGAAAGACAUCGCAAGCAGAAACGCCGCAGUCCCAAUAGCUCCCCAGCCAAAGUCUUUGGGUGGAGCUCUCCCCUUCAUGAUGACACCUCUGAGAUGAGUGGCAAUGAGAGUACAUGUGAUAUGUCUGCAUACUCCCAGAUUGAAUGCUGGACCAUCCCUAAUGGCAUACAUGAGGGGAUUGGGCUUCCACUGCAGAAGAAUUUACCUGGAGUGGCACGAAGAGAGGUGGUGUACCAGCCAAAUGGGGAUGAGUGGUCUCUUCAGGCAGAGCGCUCUUCAGAGAACUCUGAUCAAAGCCCACCAGGUGCUAUAGAAGUGGAUAGCGGAUUCCAGGAACCCCCUAUGAUUCCACUUGUGUCCCCAGUGCGGGCUAAAGAGGCACUCAUGCGCACAUCCUGCACACAACUGGUGCCAAUGGUGGGUCCAGUAGAUAACCCCGUAGAUGAAGAGCUUACAAUGACGUAUAUGGAUAAAGCCAAGGAAGCUAAACUGCACAGAAGUGAGAGUGUACAGGACAAGCAGGUGAAGGAGGCUAGAUCUAAGUGUCGCACCAUUGCCUCUUUACUGACAGAUGCUUGCAACCCUCACUCUAAAGGUGUGCUUAUGUUCAAAAAGCGUCGGCAGAGAGCCAAAAAAUAUACACUCACUUGCUUCGGCAGUGUUGACGCUGAUAGUUGCAACAGCACAGACUGUGAGACGGAGGACGAGAGCUUUUUCCUUGGCAGUGAAUCAGAGAUUGAUGAGGACAGGCUUUCUUCAACACCAGACCCUACAUGGGACAGUGGCUACCUGGAUGUUUUAGAGAAGAGGACAUCGGCAUGUGUGUUAUCUGAUGGAGAGGCAGAAGGUAGCCUGGGCUUGAGCGGCACUUCAGGCAAAGGGGCACAGCUCUUUGAGCAGCAGAGGAAGAAAGCAGAGAAACAUAUACCAACACCAGUUACUGUUACACCCACUCCCAUGCCCCAGCAACAGCCUGACACCAUGCUAACCCACACAUCUGUCAUGCCAAUGACCCCAACGUCCUCCCAUCAGGUCAGCAUGGUGAAUGGAGACCCUGUAGUAGUGAGCAGAACCAGCGUAGUGCUGUCUUCACCAGGCCAGGCUCCAGUACCCAAUAUGCCAGGAGCCUUUUCAGAGCAAUCUGAUUCUUGCUCUGGAAACUCAGUUCUUAACAGAACUGCAAGGCCUUUUGCCCCAGGCUGUGUAAGCCACAGAGCUGCAACAGCACCUGUCGUCUUCAAACCCAGUACCAUAAAAAAGACCCCACUUCAGGCCCAAGCAGUGUCAGUACCAGCUUCUUUCUCUAAUAUUGGCUCUGAUGGUAAAAGAGCAAUUGCCAGUACAUCUCUAUACAUCCCGCCUAGACCAUCCACUGUCAACGGCCCCAGUUCUAUCUUGUCUCCAGCCUCCUCUGUGGCUUCUGGUCCAUUUUCCCCUGCUUCUUCAAAUGCAACACCUUUCACACCACAGAGUUCAGGCACAUCUGCUAAUCACUAUCCUACAACUGCCCCUGCGCCAUCAUUUAACUUGGCCCCAGCUAUGAAUUCCCAGUCUUUUUCUUCACCACCAACACAAAAUAUGUCUUUUAUUCCAUCUACUGCUCAGCCUCCUCCACCACCCUCUGUGUCAUCACAAUCAUAUUUGUCCACUUAUACCCCUACUUCAUCCCUUUCUCAUGUCCCAGCUCCUGCCCCUGUUCAAGUACCUACACCAGUGACUCAAAGCCAGAAUUUGAACCCACCACCAUCACCACACAAAGUUUCUUUCAACCCAUAUAUUUCAGUUGCAACCACAACAUCUGAAACAUCAGAUUCUCCCAUAGUGCACCAAUAUCCCCUUUCAAAUCCGAGCACAGGGAUUACUUCUCGAGAGCAGCGGAUAUCUGUACCAGCUGCCCGAACCGGCAUCCUGCAGGAAGCCCGUCGCCGUGGAACUAAGAAGCCCAUGUUCAGUAAGAUUGAAGAGAAAAAACCAAUGUCCUACAACCCUGAGCUGCUCUCUCUUGUGCAGAACUUGGAUGAUAGGUCCCGUCCUGGAGCAGAGCCUGGAUUUGAGUCAGGUCCAGAAGAAGAUUACCUCAACCUGGGUGCUGAGGCUUGCAACUUCAUGCAGGCUCAAAGGAACAAAAUUCCUCCAUUGGUAGCACCUAAGCCAGCAAAUAGCACAAUUGAUAUCCCCCAGAUGGGAGGAAAAGGAGCAGAUCUGUUUGCUCGUCGUCAGAGUCGCAUGGAUCGCUAUGUGGUGGACAAACAACCCAAGUCUCCAGCCAAGCCACGAGAGCCUUCACCCACUCCAUCUCUUCCAGCUCACUGGAAAUAUUCCCCCAAUGUUCGUGCCCCUCCACCUAUAAGCUACAAUCCAUUGCUGUCCCCGUCCUGCCCCCCAGUGGCUCAACGUGGUAAUAAGGCCAAUGAAGCUGCAAGAAGUGGAACAAAAACAAACCCUGGUCAGCACAAACAAGGCAUCAAAGCCCUUGAUUUCUUGAGCAGACAGCCAUAUCAACUCAAUUCCUCCUUGUUCAGUUAUGGUGGUGGGGGACCCCAGACUAUCACCACCCAUCAACUACAGCAACAGCAGAAGCCAUCAAUGUCAAAUGGAUUUAGCACAACUCUAAUCCCACCAAAACAAGUGCCUGUCAAAGCGCCACGUGUAUAUGAGAUAAAACGCUUUUCCACUCCAACCCCAAUGUCAGCACCCACAUCUCUGAACCCCACUGUGAUUGUUCCACGCUCUGCUACCACUCUGGCAGAGCCCCUAUGGCGUUCUGACCUUGCUUCACCUCCUCCACUUACUCCACAAUCUGCUGCACCCUUCUCCCUACCACCUCCUGCUCCAACAGGAGCCCUGCCAGCUCUUCCCAAACUUACCACUGCCCCAGUAGCUAAUGCAAUGCCCAACCCAGGACCUGUUCCCAUGCAAGCCAAUGUACCUUUCCAGGCAGGGAAACAGUUUAAGAGUGCCCCAGAUCUGAGUCCCCUUUCUCCAAGUGGUAUGCGCUCGGCAGUGUCUGCAAGUAGCCAAAAUCUGCAAGUUCCUAGACCACGCUUUAGCACCUCUAGUAUGGGGCUGCAGCCCAAUGUGUGGAGACCAGGUUCCAGGCUCUAUUAGGCAAUAGACUGUCAUUUUAAAAAGUCGUGUACCCCUAACCACAUCAGCAAUCCUGCCUGAAGCGGGUGUAUUACACAGCUUUUUGUUUGUGAUUCAUUUACCGGAACAUUAGGAACAAUGUUUUUUUAGAACAUGAGUUAUUUGUCAAAUAUUUGUACAUCACUUUAAAUAGCUACUGCUUUGAUCUAGAAAUGCCCUGUAGUUUCACUUGUUAUUAUUGCUGUGAAUGUGUAAUGCAAAAAAAAGAAAGAUGAAAGAUGGUAAUACUGGGAUAUUUUAUCUAUGUCUAUUUUAUUAACUGGAUCUAUCAAGAAAAGGAACAACCACAGACAUUGUUUAAGCAGUCGAAAAAAGGCAGCAACGGUUAAAAAAUAUUAAAAAGAGGGAUGGAACUGUGAAAGAUGAAGAUGAAAGAUGAAUAUGUUCAGGCGAUCUUGGUGACUGUCGUUGACUGACCCAAGGACUCAAGGGUUUGUAUACGUGUCAAGUUUGACACUGGAUGUUAUAAAGAAUGUGGAUAUACAGUAUUUGAAGCAGUAACGGACAGCAAUACAUGAUUAUUGUGGCAAAAAAGAGAUAGGAACUAGGUUUUGAAGGAUUCUGUGUGGAAACAUGAUUGACAUCCUUACCAGGAGAGAUGGUACAAACCAAAGAUCUUCAUAUCUGGAUUCUUGAUGCAUGUGCACAUCUGCGUCUGUUGCUGAUUUAUCUUGCUGAUCGCUUGUUGCAGCCCUCUUCUACAAAAUGCAGUGCAUGUAAAUCCACCUGUUGGGAGUUUAGAUAGUUGCAUGACAGCUUGGGGAAAUAAACCUGUAUAAUAUUUAAACAACAAAACUGAAUGUUGCAUUUUUUUCACUUUUGCUGCUUUGGCUUUUAUUGUUACUGAUGCAUUUGCUUUUUUAUUCUGUUUGCUGUUGUUUUUGCAUUUAAAGCUUCUUGUUCAUGUGCAAGCAAGGUUUUUUUUUCAUUGUGUAAAAAAAAACAAAAUAACAACAAGAACAACAAAACAAUAUAUGUAGAUACACAUUUCUAUGUUCCUGGGUUGGUACCCUUAAGCGUGCAUCUUUUUCACCUUUAGUUCGUAUCUUUGACUUUAUUAAUAUUUUAAAUUAAAAAAUAGUUUAAAUCCAGGUACAAGCAGGGAUGAAAGUAGUUUUAGAUUCUUGCCAGUAGCCGAAAGGAGAUGAGAAUAAACCAUGGACGUUGUGGAUAGUCCUGUAAAUCUCCUAAGUUUCUCCUUAUGUCUCCACUCAUUCCCCUUUAGGGUUUUGGGUAGGCAGCUACAGUACUUUUCUCUUCAUCCUUUCUAAUACCACAAACCACCAAUGAAUCUUUUAGUGGUACGUAGUAUUGGACCCCACUGGCCUAUUUUUACAGAUGGGUAUAUUAGUAUUCCUUAAGGUCUAAGUUUGACCCCAAAUUAGCUUUAAAGUUAUGUUUUAAAAUGCUUUUACAUUACCAUAUAAUACAUGAAUACCCCAGUAGUAUACACUAUAUGGACACAAGUAUUUGGCCAAACCUGCAAUGACAUUGUAUCCAAAUACAUAUACUUCAAUAUGGAGUUGGUUCCCCUUUUGCAGCUAUGACAGCUUCCACUCUACUUGGAAUACAUGUUGGAUAUAAAAGGGCCUUACCCAAACUGUUGGCACAAAGUUAAAAGAAUAGCAUUGUCCAAGAUAUCUUGGUAUGCUAAAGCAUUUAAAUUGCCCUUUACUGGGGAUAAUUGGACUGAUUGAAAUGCCUGAAUUUAAUAAUUAACAGGUUUGGCCAAAUGCUUUUGUCCAUACAGUAUAUGUAGAUAGGUACAAUACAGCUUGGGCCUUUUUUAUAAGCACAAUAAGCACUAGUCAACAAAAAUCUAAUCAUGUGGUUGGUACCAUUUCUCCUCCUAGGUUUGGUUGUUGUUACUGGCUAUAUUUUGAAAGUAUCAGUAGUAGAAAUUCGACUUUUUAAUUUUUUUUUUUUUUCAGUUUGUAGCACACAGACAGUGGUGUGUUCAUGCUCAUAAUCAAAGAUAAAAUGUUUUAAGAUGAUACAUUGUUGGUUUUGUUAACUGCCUUUAGUUUUCUAAAAAAAAUAUGCAUUGUUUAGUUUUCUUUAAAAAAACAUGCAUUAAAUAUGAAUAAAGAAAAGCAAGAGUAGUAAGAGCUUGUUUAACAGAAAAAUAGAAGCAAAAUAUGAAUAUUGUAUUUUGUGUCUGUCAACUACUUUGUUGAUUACAUGAGGCAUUAAAACAAUAAACAAAA